GCUUUGCCGAAGCUCAUCAAACUCAACCCCAUAGUUGUGAAGGAAGUGUUCAACCGUCUUCUGGGAACGCAGCAUGGUGAUGUGAGCUCCUCCAUGUCUCCUCUGACCCCCGGGGAUCUGCUGGUUGCUCUCCAUAACAUUGACUCCAGUAAAUGUGACAUGAAAUCCGUCAUUAAGGCCACCAAUCUGUGCUUUGCUGCUCGCUCCGUCUACACCUCCGAGGUCUUGGCUGUGGUUCUCCAGCAGCUCAUGGACAGCACGCCGCUCCCUAUGCUUCUUAUGAGGACCGUUAUCCAGGCUCUUGGGAUGUAUCCUCGGCUCGGUGGCUUCAUCAUGAACAUCUUGACUCGUCUCAUCUAUAAGCAGGUUUGGAAGUACCCCAAGGUUUGGGAGGGUUUUAUUAAAUGUUGCCAAAGGACCAAACCUCAGUCGUUCAGCGUCCUGCUGCAGCUUCCUCCACCUCAGCUGCUGUCUGUCCUCCAGACGUGUCCUGAUCUCCGAGACCCUCUCCUAGCUCAUGUUAGGACCUUCACACCAAACCAGCUGGCUCACGUACCGCAUGCUACCAUGGCCAUCUUGGAGGCGGAGUCCAGAAUGGAUGAAUUAACAGAAGAGGCGGCAGAAGCUCCAGGCCAGGACCUCAUUACCAAACGUCUCGCUCAAGAAAAAUCAUUGAAGCGUCAAAUACUUGAAGAGCAGAAGGUAAAGAAGGCGGAGCCGGAGGAGGAAACGGAACUGGAUCUCCCCGUUAUCAUGAUUGAAGAAGAAGAGGAGGAGCUCCUAAUGAAACAUCCUGAGAAAGAAUCCCCUCCGGAGGAACCUGAGAACACAACUACGUGCAGCACGUACUCCCCACCCCCUGAUGAGCCCAUGGAAGAGGAGGGUCUCCAACAAAAAGAGGACUAG